AUGCCCAACGGAUGCUGCGGCGGUGGCAGUAAUUACUCCGUGUGCUGCUACAGCAGCCCCAAGUCCUGCAAGAGGCCCAUGUGCUGCACCCCCAUGCAGUGCUGCAGCCCCUGCUGCACCCCCUGCUGCAUGCCCAUGCAGUCCUGCUGCAUGCCCAUGUCCUGCUGCUACACCAUCAGCAGCAACAACAGCGGCUGCUGUGGCGGCAGCAGCGGCGGCUGCUGCGGCGGCAACUGA